UUCGCAACAGUGCCUUGUUUACUUGCACGAAACUCGAAACGUUUCAUUCUCGAUUUAUUAUACAACAAAAUACGUGCAUUUAUUUAUAGAGGAGACCAGAAUUGCGUCUGGUCUCGUCGUCUCUGAAAAUACGGUUUCGCAAUCACGUGUUUUGUGUACCGAAGGGGGGUCUCUUUCUCACGCUUACGACGUAGUGUCCACCUACACUUCAUACGCGCUGCAGUACAGGAGGAUUCAAGACGGUCGGCAGGAUAGGAACCGCCGGUGGUAGUAGUAGUAGUCCUGCGCAGUUUCUGGAUGACACUUGCAAUUCGCCGGGAAAAUCGAUCGAUGCGAUUACAACUCUUCUGCUGUUGAUUCUUCGCUGAACGAGGAUCUGCAACAUGUUUGGAUCGUUUUGCUGCGAAUGGAGUCAGUCGAAGGCGUCGUACUUAGCGUCGCGACGCGAUCGGGAGCGCAUCGUUCCCGAUUCGGACACGGGAAGUUACAAGAGGACGAUCUCGCCGAACGGUCACGUCAUCACCAGCGAGUCGUACGCGGAGACGCGCAUCAACAGCUCCAGAGAGACGGUAUGGCCUUUGAAUCGGACGCAUCCGAAGGAGACUACCAUUCUGAAGAACAACAACAACGCGAACAUCUUGAGGCGCGCCUCCAUGAACGACAAAUCGUUGAAGAUCGACGAGAAAGAGCAGGAUCUGAAGAAGCCGCAGCUUGCGCUUCCUGACGUCCUCCCCGUCAACGCGAAGUUGAUCAACCCCAGGUACCAUUCGAGACCGUCGCAUCUAAGUUUAGCGCCCAUCGAUCAUCAUGGCGAGGACUUCAAGAAGUCCCCGCAUUCACCACCGAAGAGUCCAUUUACACCGCUCAGACACACGAACCUCUCCAGUCCACCCAUCUCCGAAAUCCAUUGCGAAACUCCUAAAAUCCACAAGAGAAUCUCUCCGGAUAUGAAGACGCCUUCACCUAAACUGCAGACGCCCUCACCUAAACUGAAGACGCCUUCACCUAAACUGAAAACACCUUCACCUAAACUGCAGACACCUUCGCCUAAACUGCAAUCGCCCGAAGAGCCAAAAUCUUUCACGCCCGAGCUGCGGCUUUCAGACACCUACAAGCUGCUGCAGCAGCAACUUCCUGAACAAAUCGAGGUUCCGAGACCGCCCGAAACUAAACCGCCUCAAAUAAAGCCGUCCCUCUCGCCCACCUCGAAAACCUCCCGAAGAACAUCACCGCUCUCAACGGCGAGCAGCACUCCUCUGAAGACCUCCCCGCUUUCCUCGCCAUCCCUUUCACCAGUCUCACCCGUCAGAAGCCCAGUGGAAUCACCGCCUGCGAGUCCUAAGCAUCAGCAACAUCCUAAAGUCAUCGAGGGUUUGCAAUUGAUGCAGCGUACUGAAGUCGUGCUCCGUGUUAACGCCUGUACGACGGACGCCUCUUCUCAAACUGAAAAGGAAGAAAUGCCUCCGACACCGCUGCCCACCAGGAAAAAGCUGCAGGAGGAGAUCGACUGCGAGAAACUUUCCGAAGACUUCGUGAGUCAACUGCCAACAGCGGACAGACUCAAAGACAUUCUCGUGCAAGGACCAGAUCACAAGAAGCCCACGGAUUACGUGACGGGACUCUUCAGAUUGGAGGUGACGUCGAGGCCGAGGAAUGCGAAUUCCCCGUUCUCGAGAAGUCGCGCCAACACUCCGAGCAGCAGUCCUCCUCCAACCAGCAACAUCCUAAGUACAAUUAAAAGUGAAUCAACUUCUGCAGUGCCAACAAUCGAACCGGUGAGUCCGUUAUCGGCCACAUCGCCUUACUUCACGACGUCCGAGCCGAAAGCUAGGUUCCUAACUAGGUACAGCCAAGAUAUGAAUCAUUUGAAUGUCGUCAAGGAUACCAAAGAUCUCAGUCAAAAGAAGGAGGAAUUAGUUAGUAGAUUGGAUAGGAAGCUGGAGGUGCUGCGCGGCGAACAGCUCGUCGUGUCGGAGGAAUGCAGGAUCAACGAUGAACUCGGCGAGAACGUGGAGAACCACGUGGGCAAGCAGGCGCGACCGCACGAGACUGCCAAAUUCCGGCUGCACGUGGAGGAGGUCGGCAAAAUCACUAGUCUUCUCCUUGGCCUCUCCGGGCGUUUGGCGCGUGCCGAGAACGCCCUCAUGACGAUGCCAGAAGAUCAUCCGGAAAGGAGGAUUUUGGAGAGCAAGAGGGAUAAGCUGUUGGAACAGCUCGAGGAGGCGAAGAAGCUGAAGGAGAGCAUCGACAAGCGAAGUUUGAGCGUCUCGAACAUCCUGUACAAGUAUCUGAAUUCGGAGGAGUACGCGGAUUACGAUCACUUCAUCAACAUGAAGGCGAAACUGAUCAUGGAUUCGAAGGAGAUCGCAGACAAGAUUAAGCUUGGAGAGGAGCAGCUGGUGGCGCUCAAAGAGACGCUCAUCAUCGCAGAGUCCUAAAAUCCUAUGGGAAAAAAAUAAAUAGUGAGAGAAAGAUAGAAAAAGAGAGAGAGAGCGAAAGAAUUGUUCAUAUCAAAUCGUGCCUAGUCCAGUGACAAGAAGAUUUUUAUACACUUAAAACGAGAUAAACAGAUGGGUGUAGAUUCCCAUUUCGCUUUCAAACAGAUCUUAUAAAGACGUCCUUUUUUUCUAAUAUAAUAUAUAAUAAAUAUUUUCUUAUGUAUCAUAGAUGGUCCAUGAGUGUAAGAUGAAGUAGAAGUAGAAGUAAAAGUAAAAACACAGACAUAUUAUUAUUAUUUAGUAUUGUAAUAGGUAGCUGCUUGUACUGAUUUCUUUUAUAAAUAUAUAUAUUGUAUAUGUACUUGGGACCCAAUCCCGAUGAUUCGAAGGAGGAGAAGGGUCUUCGUAGGGUAAACCUCGCAUUAUCUACUAAUACAUUAGUAGAUAGUUUGGCUUAAGUCAGAGCUGCGGUUGUCCUCUUACCGUUUUUUGAAACGGAUAAGACGGUCGGACCUGGGAGAAAGACGAUUCGUUAAAAAAAAAUUCAAAAAAAAAACAGGAGAAGGAAUUUAUGUGAAAAACGAAAGGAAGAAAGUUAUAGGCUGUUAAACAAAAAUGUGCAUUUUAUUUUUUUUUUC